AUGCACGCACAGUCUCCCACGUCUGUCCAACAGCCACACGUCGCGUCCACGAGCCCCGCCGAGUCCACCUUUGAUAGCCAGUAUGGAGAGCAGCAACGCGCCAGUCCAGCAGAUGGCGGUGGAGGUGUCAGCCUUUCUGCCGAUUUGCAAUACUUUGGCGCAUCGUCUGGAUCUGGACGACUGAGUCCUCCGCAGGCCGCCUCGACGCCUUCGCGCAAUCGCAUCACCGAAUAUGAAAACGCCUCAGCCGCCUCUCCCUCCAGGAAGAAGACCGGGGGUCCUGCCUUUGCCGUCGUCAAGAAGGCAAGAAAGCCCGGCGACAAACACUCCCCUAUUGCCGAUCUGCCCAACGAGAUCUUGACCCAUGCUCUCGCCCAUCUGUCUCCACAGGACCUGUCUGCUGUUUCGCUUGUCUCCCGGCGCUUCCACGAUCUGGUCACCACCCCUCAUGCUUGGAGGACAGCCUUCUCGCGUUUCUUCCCUGGCCCAGACUCCCUCAACCCUAGCGCAUACGAUGGCGAAGACGAUCAAGAUGAGGGCCUCCGCGUCGAACGUCGGGCAUUCACCCGUGUGACUGCUUUGGCGUCGUGGCGAAGCGAGUAUAUCUUACGCACCCGCUUGCUACGCUCCCUCGCUCGGGGCAAGCCUGUUCAGCUGCCUGCUUCUCCCGCCCAGACCCGCCUUGGCCAAACUCCCGUCGCAACCCCCUCCUACUACUACUCUUCACAGAUGUUCACAACAGUCAAUCAUUUGCAUGCUACUUUCCAUGGUGCCGCUUUGAAUAAGCGUUCCCCUCGUUUCGUUCACGGCGCCGACGAUGUGGGUACUGCUGGAAGCAGUGAUCCGAUGCUUGGAAAGGCCGACUCGUGGGGAUUGGGCGAUCCGAAUACUUUCCUCCAGUUCUCCGACCGCUUUCCUGGCGACGCCAUGUACGGUCUCUGUCCUGGAAAUGUCGUCGGUGUGCCCAACUCGAUGGAUGUCAGUCAGCCAUAUGGCAUGGUUCACGGUGAAGGCUCGCCCGGUGGCUUUGUCUACUACAGAUUCACCGAGGAAAUGCGUGGCCACUUUCUGACACCUUCAAGUGGUAUGUCUGUACCGGCAUCGGGUAUUCCACGGCUUUUGCCAGUCCAAGAAGCAAUGUGUAGCGUUUGGAUUGCAAAGACUUCGGCCAUCCCGUCUCUCACAGAUGGUCUCAUAGGACUUCUCUCUGGUUCUUCUCUUGGUGUACUCACCGCGUACAGUCUCGGACCUCUCGGAACUCGCGAUCAGCGCUUCAGUCGAGGCGAGGUCACAGCACGUUGGGCAAUAAGUCCAGGAGUACCCAUCAUUGGUAUUGCAGUUGAUGAACAGUAUUCUAUCAAACGUCAAGGAGAGUCCAAGAUAUGGGCAGUCGUGCUCAAUGCUCUGGGCGAGGUUUUCUACUUGACCAAGUUUCCUAAGCGCAAUAACGACGAUGAGCCUGGAAGACUAAAUGAUGAAGUGCGGGAACGCCUCGCCUGGUCGACGGGCCGGUCGGUAUACUGGAAUCUUGUAGAGUCCAGCAGACGUGCGGCUCGCCCAAAUCCUUACAGCAACUCUCAUGUGGACGGCAGCUACUCUCCUCGAUCGUCCUGGAACGGCAUGUACUUGAGCGAGGACCAAAUCACGGCCGAGACCCGAGAGAUUGAAGACUACAUCGACCGCAAGCCCAAGGAGUUCCAGAGAAGCUGCUUGGGAUGGGACAUGCGUAGAGUGCUGGAGGUUGACUUUGCAGGAGAUGAUGGUAAUCAGGCUGGAGAGGCUGUCUUUGUCUUUCAAAGCGGCCUCGACGAAGAAGACCCCCCCGCGUCAGCCAAGCGAUUUGUUCGGUUCAGAGUCACUGACAAGGAGAGCGUCGAGACUAAGUCGCGGCAGUCACGCACUACUGCAUCAACUCCUACGCCACCCGGAUCGACGUCUCUGUUUGGUGGUCCCAUUCCCUCGACAGGUGACUUGGACUACGGCCUGUCCAUAUCAGCGCUCGAAGCCGGUGACAGGCUCGAGCGAUCGACAGAGGAAUGGAGACUCUCGAACAUGUCUUUCGGUGGUUUGAAAUGUGUGCAAAUAACAGCCCACGCGCUGGACUGCUCUACCUUCGCAACCCUCACAUCCUCGGAGGAUCCGCUUCUGAACUUCUCAGGACCCUCCACAGUAUCUUCUCCUAGCUUGACGCCCUUAUCGAAAUCCAGCAGUCCAUCUUCUGUCGCAGAUGCCCCUGGACAGCGAGCUCGAUUCAUUGCUGUCGGUACAAUUACUGGAAGUGUCUUGGUGUGGGAUGCAAGAGCAUCUUUGCCUACCCUUCAUGAUGCUGUCAAUACAUUGGAACCCGUACGCAUCAUCCAUACAGAGUCACCUCAGAUUUCUUGUAUCGCACUGUCUUCUCUGUGUCUAGUCCACGGAGGCAACGAUGGACUGGUUCAAGCUUGGGAUGUUCUGGCCUCUAGCAUGGAUCCGAUAAAGACGUUGAACUCUCGCUUCGCAUCUAAGGCAAGACGUAGGCUGAUACAGGCUCAAGCAUCUGCACAGGGCGUUGGCAUCAAUCUGUUUGCAGCAGGAGCCAUCUGCCUCGAUCCUGAUCCGACAGUCCUGCGUGGCAUGGUGUCAAUUGGGACGCACCUGCUGUACUGGAGCUUCAGCUCUUCUGCCGCAGACCAAUACAGAUCACACAAACGCAAAUUCCGAAGAGCCGAUCGAGGUACCAACGUCGCCAACGAUCGAUUUGCCAACGCUGGUAGAGGUAACAUCCACGGCUUCAUCGCCAACGAACAGUUCGAACUGGAACGCGAGAACGCCCAGGAAGCGAGACAAGCAGAGCAUCUCGCCGGCAGAUUCGGAACAGAACUGCUAGGAGAUGACGCCAGCGAGGAGGAGAUUCUAGCUUACGCUCGCAUGUUGAGCGAGGAAGCGCUUGCAAAGGAUCAACAGAAGAAUUCCAGCAUGCCCGAGUCCGACGGCACGAGAUAUAGCACUCCGCCAAUGCUGGAAGCCGAACUGGAUCUAGAGAUUGCAGAAGCGAUCCGACUCAGCCUGGCGGAAGAAGAAAGCAAGCGUCUACAGGAGCAAGAAGAGGCCGAAUUUGAGGCUUACAGUAAUCAAGAGGCAGCAGAGGGUAGCAACAGUACAGAGCUGACAGAUCUGGAGUUUGCUCUCCAAUUGAGUCUUGCGGAGGAGCAAAGUAGAAUAGAGGCAGAAGCAGAGGCUCGUGAAGAGUUCCCUGCUCUGUCGAUACGGACAGGCAAGGGUAAAGGCAGAGCAUUGUAG